GCACUUAAACCCACCCUAAAUACUCCCCUGGCCGCAGCCUUCCCUCUCUUUCUCCUCCAUUGAAGCAUACUCUGAAAUCUCCAGUAAAGCGGCUUCUGAGCUUUCUCUCCUCCAUUGAAACAGCUUCUGAGUCCUCUGCCCAUAUACAGAAAUGCCGCGAACAACCACAAUCGAAUGCCCAGGUUGCCCACCAUUAAGAGCCCUAACUUUCGACGUACUUGGCCUUGUUAAAGUAAUUGAAGCUCGGAGUAAGCAAGGCGGAGUUCCUAAGGUUGUAGAGAGGUGGGGUGACCCUGAUUCAUCUAAAGCUAUCCUCGCCGCUUCUAUCAAUGACCGAAAAUCCAACCCUUUGCUAGCAGUUGCCAGGAAAAAUGGUUCAAUUGAAGUUUUGAGUCCAGUUUCUGGAGAGUUGUGUUUUUCAAUCUCUGAUGAUGGUGAUGACACUCCUCCAUUAGAUGACCCGAUUGCUGGAUUGCAUUUAUUUAAAAAGCGGAUGGUAGAGUCAUCAUCAAGGUCGUGCACCUUGCUUUCUUGUACAACUAAAGGGAAAGCAAUCUUGAGGAGAAUUGAAGAUUUUGAUUCACAAACUGGUUCUGUUUCUUCUGCUACUCCAGAAAUGUGGAAUGUGUGCAGUUCUGGUGAGAUUUGCUGCUCUAAAGUACAUGCUGAUGAAGGCUACUCUGUGUUUGGAGGGAAAGGCAUUGAAAUUAACAUGUGGGACCUGGAGAAGACUAGUAAGAUUUGGAGUGCAAAAUCUCCCCGAGCGAAUAAUCUUGGAAUUUUUACGCCAACUUGCUUUACAUCUUUGACCUUCCUAAGCAACGAUGAUCAUCGCAAGGUUGUGGCUGGUACCAAAAACCACCAGGUUCGCCUCUACGAUACAUCAGCUCAGAGAAGGCCCGUGUUAUCAAUUGAUUUCAGGGAGACACCAAUUAAAUCAGUUGCAGAAGAUUUAGAUGGACAUACUAUAUAUGUAGGGAAUGGUUCUGGUGAUCUGGGUUCUUUUGACAUUCGUACAGGGAAGUUACUGGGAUGUUUCUUUGGAAAGUGCUCUGGUAGUAUUCGUUCCAUAACCAGACACCCUGAGCACUCUGUCAUAGCAUCAUGUGGGUUGGACAGUUACGUGCGCUUUUGGGAUAUUAAUUCUAGGCAGCUUCUUUCUGCAGUGUUUUUAAAGCAGCAUUUGACAAAUGUGGUAUUUGAUUCAAAUUUUUCCGAUGAAGAAGCAACAAUUGCUACAGAUUCACAUAUAGAUGAGAUUCAAGUUAUUAGUAAUGAGGAGCAAUAUCAAAAUGAAGAAGAUGCACUGCCAGUAAAGAGAAAAAAGGCUUCCAAAGAAAAAAGUGAGGCCAAGAAAAAAUCCAAGAAAGUGAAGAAAGUUAAGGAUGAGGUUCGUGUUGAAGAGUAAUAUCAUGGUCCCUGGAAAGAUAUAUUCUGAGAUAUCAUACUCUCCAGGACUAGCCUACUAUGGCUUGUCGCAAGUCCAGCUAAAAGUUUGCGACGAUACGAUGUUUAAGAAAAUAGUAUAGAGUAUGUAGGAAUAAGAUUAUAUAGAGUAUGUAGGAAUAAGAUUAUUCAAUGUUUGCUACUGUUUGUGAAAGUCUUUUAGAUUUUGCUUAGGUGGAAGUUUUAUGAAUAUAGGUUGAUAUAUAAAUACCAUAGCUCCAUGACUUCGAAAGA